AUGAGUGAUUUUGCCGCAAAGUUUACCAACGCCAACAUUGCCACAGGUGCGGCGGCGUACGACAGUACUCGCGCUCUGGCGUGGAUUGAGCGAGUUCAUCAGCUUGAGCCGGCUACACACAAUGGGUUCGCCGUUGCACUUUUAAGCACAAUGUUAUGUGCGCAACGACGUGGUGACACUGUAUCUGUCUUAUUUCGCGAUGCGACAAAGAAUGAGGCCGAAGCAUUUGUAAAGGAAACUUUCAUCAUUGUUCGAGAAGCCCUUGCGAUUAUCGUACCAUUCGUCGGAUUUCCAUCUUGCAUGCCGGCCGUGUUUGGCCUAGUUGGUGAAUUGCGAAGCCGGGGCAUCAGCCAAGUCCCUAGCCAGGAAAGACUAGGCUUUGAUAAGGUCGAUUACACGGCUGAAGGGCGGGCUUCAUUCAAGAGGGUCUACCGCGGAGUUGGGAAUAGUGAGGUGGGCCAGAUGCUACAACAGUAUUUUCCGGAGUACGUCUUUGGAUACCUCCUUAGCGGGAACAACCUCCUCAAGUUAAAAGAGAAGGAGUUGGUGCUUGCUUCCGGGAUCUUCGCACAAGGUGCAACCCGUCAGUCUCAAAGCCAUUGUAAAGCGUCGAUCCAACUAGGAAAUAGUGUUGACGUGGUGAAGGGGUUGUUUGACGUUAGUGCCGACGUUGCGCUGUGGAAUAACAACCCUUUGCCGGCAGAGAUUGAUGUUAUACAAUUGGCAGAAGAAGUGAAACGCAACCUAGCUGCAGAGAACCAGUAA